AUGUAUGUAGCCCGCGGAGGGGGAACAAGGCCCAGCCUAACCCAACGAACCUGGCGGUCUUGUAUACGCCCACCACACCCACACCUGUCGUCCGUCGUCGCCUAUCUGCUGCAUCUGCAACAUCGACGUGGCAGGCUGGUCGCGGGUCAUGUACACAUACAUACAAGACCCGUGCGGACCAGGUACCGCCGUCCGGCCGGGUGUUUCUCCCUCUCUUACGCUCUUGCUUUCUCGCAGUCCCGGUUUUCUGAGAUCGGAGAAUUAAAGUGGCUCCCCAAAGGAACGAACGACCGGGGGCUGCCGCAUCGUGCAGUAGAUCGGAGCCCGAGCCGCCAUGUCAUCCCAUUCCCAUGCUAG